UUUCGCCAGCCUUAUUUUUCCUCUUUGGUACCGUAAAAUCGAAUUCCCUUCAGAAAGUCUCGAUCCCUAAUUUCCUCUCCCUCACGCCGUGCCGCCUGUGUCCCCCUCUCUCUCUCCCUCUCCCCCUCUCCCCCUCUCCCUCCUCAUCUGUUCAGAUUGCAGUCGUUCUUCUGAUUGUAUGUGUUUGCUGCUGGGGGACUUUGAUGUUUGGUAUAUAUGCCUCAACCUUUCGUUGCGAGCGGAUGGAUGUACGUCAAUGAAGUCGGACAAAUGUGCGGUCCGUACAUUCAAGAGCAAUUGUAUGAGGGUUUAUCCUCUGGGUUCCUCCCCGAUGAGCUUCCUGUGUACCCUCUGGUCAAUGGCACCUUGAUCGCCCCGGUUCCAUUGAAGUACUUCAAGCAGUUUCCUGAUCAUGUCACCACUGGGUUCGCGUAUCUCUCUAUUGGCAUCUCAACCGCCGCAUCCACACCCACACCCACACCCACCGAUUCUUUUGCAUCUUCUCACAGCGGCGAUUUGCCUAUCCGCGACACACCUGCUCCUGGACCGACACCUUCACCUGCUCCUGUUGUUUAUCCCGGUUCCCAGUUCAAUUCUACUUUCCAUGCCAUUUCCAAUCAGCCUAUGUCACUGCCAAAUGAAGAGUCUUGUUGGUUGUAUGUGGAUGGUGAAGGGCACAAACGCGGGCCGCAUACUCUUUAUGAAUUAUACUCGUGGUAUCGAUAUGGAUAUCUUCAGGAUUCAGUCAUGAUUUAUCAUGUUGAGAAUAAGUGUGCGCCCUUCACCCUACUAUCUGUUGCAAAUGCAUGGAAACCUGGAACUGAAACUGUCGCCAACUCUGAUGCCAAAAGUAAUGGCACUGGGUCUUCUGUAAGCUUUAUAUCUGAAAUUUCUGAGGCAGUUUCUAGCCAACUGCACCAUGGAAUUUUGAAGGCAGCUCGCAGGGUUGUCUUAGAUGAGAUUAUCAGCAAUGUCAUUAAUGAGUUUUUUACCACAAAAAAAACUCAAAGGGUUAAUCAGGCCGUGAAGGCUUGUUCCUCGUAUAGCAAAACGUCUGAGAUUGCUGGAGAUAUGAAGAACUGUGCUGCUGUUUUGUGUGAGGCAGCAGCUUCCGACUCUGUUGCGGAUGAGACAUGUAUCAAUCAAGAUUGCAGCAAACCUCCAUUAAGCAUGAAAUCUGUUGGAAGCAUUGAAAACUUUUGGGAGUCGUAUACAGUUGUUUGUAGAAUGCUUUUUGAUUAUUGCAUGCAAGUCAUGUGGAAUGCUGUUUUCUAUGAUUCAGUGGCAGAGUACUCCUCAUCUUGGAGGAGGAGGAAACUUUGGUCUGGUUCUCCAGUGUGGAGGAUACCUUCUAGUGAAGAUCCUGAGAAGAUUGAUAAGUUACCUCAUGAAGCUUUACUACCCGGGCAUGAAUCUGAUGCUUAUGAUGGUGAUUACCCACCUGGUUUUGAAGUCAUGGCAAAGGAAUUAGUUGAUCAUGCACAUCCAUCAAUUAUCUCUUCAUUGGAUCUUAAUGGAGGAAAUUCAUCUAAACAGAUAAGUCCCUCAUAUGAAGACAUGAACUGCAUUGUAGAAUGUGUAGAAAACGAGCUCCAGUUGUCUGCAAAGAAUGCUUUGACUGAAUUUGUUGGAUCUUUUGUUGAUGAGGAGGUCGGGAAAUUAGUUACUUCGUCUAAACAAGAAAAUUUAAUGAAGGAGAAUGUCGGCUCUUCUCAGUGUCCCAGCAAUAGCUUUGGUGGAUCUUCAGACUCAUGUGAUGAAUUGAGGAUUUCAAGGACAAAAUCUACAGAGAUGAAUCCAUCUGAUGUAUCCCCCCAAUCUCCAUCGCAAGUAGCACAGCCUGUUGAUCAUUCUGUACCUGAAAUUCAGAUGUCCAAUUUAUUGGAAAAUGCUUUUAAGGAAUUAUGUUCUCAUAUAGAUGAUAUGUCUGUUGACCAAGAAAUAAAUGAGCCAUUGCCCCCUGGACUUGUAGACAAAGCUAAAGCUGUUGUGCCAUCACGCACUUGCAAAUUCCGACCUUCAAAGUCAGAUGAAUGUAUUCCUAAGAUUGGAGAAUAUACUGCCACAGCAAUGUGCCGGAAAAAACUGCAUGAUUAUGUCAUUAGAGAUUGGAAAUCAUUGUUUUUUGACUGUUCUCUUCAACAGUUUCUUGCAUCAUGGCGCACUUCAAAGAAGACCCAUGCUUAUAAGGAAAAAGCAUUUACUAGGAAUAAAGACCAUGUCGAAAAACAUGAGAAAGAAUCAAAGCAUUGUCACAAUUCUGGCACCGCAGGACUUUCUCCAGUGAUUGGUAAAUAUACGUAUCACCGCAAGAAGUUGUUGCUGAAAAAGUCAGGGUCUUCACCGCAUGUAACUUUAGGUGAUACUGGGUUACAGAAUGAAAUAGUGGAAAAGUCAAAGAAAUUACAUGUUACUGGAGAUGUGCCUGAGAAAUCAGAGCUAAAAAUUGCUACUGUGAUUCCUAAGAAGAGAAGACAAUGCAAAUCCCAAACUGAAUCACAUGUUGGAUCCACAUAUUUGCAAGCUGGAGAUGUGCCUGAGAAAACAGAACUAAAAUUUUCUACUGUGAUUCCUAAGAAGCGAAGACAAAGUAAAUCCCAAACCGAAUUGUAUAGUGGCACCAUGUCUUUGCAAGUUGGAGGUAUGCCUGAGAAAGCAGAACUAAAAAUUGCUCCUGUGAUUCCUAAGAAGAGAAGCCAAAGCAAACCCCAAACUGAAUCGUCUGUUGGCGCCACAUCUUUGCAAGCCAUUGCUAAGAAUUCUAGUAGCAGCAAACUAUUGAAGGUUUCCCAUGCAGUGAAAAGUAGCGAGCCCAUGGAAUGCACUCCUAAACCUAGUAAAAAGAUGGUUUCAGCUCACGUAGGGGACCACAAUAAUGUUGAGAAAGUUGUGAAUAGCAAUGGUCAUGAUGUUAGGCUUAUAGGAGAGCCUUUAACUAAACCAUCAAAGCUGAAAAGGUAUCGCCCAAUGGAUGAUUUGUCAAGUCCCGAAAAGAUCUUGAAAGUAGCCAAUGGUGCUCCCAAGAAAGCGGCAUGUAAGCCAGUUGCAGCUAGAAAUAUACAGUCCAGUAAAUCCAAGAAACUAAAUCCUUGCCCUAAAUCUUCUGGAUGCGCCCGGGCGUCCAUUAAUGGCUGGGAAUGGCAUAGAUGGUCACAAAACGCAAGUCCUGCUGAAAGAGCCCGUGUUAGGGGAAUUAAAUAUGUUAAUGCUGAGUAUCAACGUUCUGAAAUUAAUACAUCACAGUGGUCAAAUGGCAAGGGUCUUUCUGCAAGAACAAAUAGGGUGAAGAUGCGCAAUCUUGCUGCUGCUGCUGAUGGGGCUGACCUUCUGAAAGCUACUCAAUUAAAGGCGAGGAAAAAGCUUCUACAAUUCCAAAAAAGCAAGAUACAUGAUUGGGGUCUUGUUGCAUUGGAGCCAAUUGAGGCAGAAGACUUUGUUAUUGAAUAUGUUGGAGAACUGAUUCGUCCCAGGAUAUCUGAUAUCCGUGAGCGUCAUUACGAGAAGAUAGGAAUUGGCAGCAGUUAUCUUUUUAGGCUUGAUGAUGGUUAUGUGGUUGAUGCUACAAAACGUGGAGGAGUUGCUAGAUUUAUAAACCAUUCUUGUGAGCCUAACUGCUACACCAAAGUUAUCAGUGUUGAUGGUCACAAACGAAUCUUCAUUUACGCAAAACGGCAUAUAGCUGUUGGUGAAGAAAUUACUUACAAUUAUAAGUUUCCUUUGGAGGAGAAGAAGAUUCCUUGCAACUGUGGUUCGAAAAAGUGUCGUGGAUCUUUGAAUUAGGAAGUGAUUUGAGUUCUCUGGCGACGCAUUUAGUUAUGCCUUGCAUGUUGUUGGCAUUGCAGUAUACUUUCUCAGAGGAGCUGGGAUGGUUCUUUCAUGAUACAAAACAUUCCCCUUGGCAUGCUGGAUGAGCAUACGCGGGAUGCUGUAGAUAAGAAGACAGAUGAGUCACAGCAGAGCCCUUUGGCUGGGUUUAGCAUCAAUUGUUAUGAACCGCGGUUGACAUCGAUGUGACCAUCGUGAACAUCACACACAAAUGAGAAUUUCGGCUGCUUGUCAAAGAUAUACCUGAACCAUGUGCAUUCUUGUAGGUUUCACUGUGUUGCAGAUGAGUUUCUCCCCUUUAGAAACUGUAAAUCGGUUAAAUGUUUUACUGCUUACAUAACAAAUUUUGGAACAUAAAAUCUUGUAUAAACAUGCAUUAUUGAAGUUUAUUUAAUGAUAAGAAAUUUAGUC